UGCGGCAUAUUACGCAUCUCUAAUAGCUUCUCAAAAUAAUACAUUCGUGGUUAAAAGUGAACUCAUUUUAAAAUGAAGAUUAAACUAAUAGACUCCGUUGUACGCAGCUUCAAGGUGGCGAAAAUAUUUCGCGAGAACACUGAUAAAAUUAAUGCGAUUGAUUUUGCACCGAACGGUGAGCAUUUGAUAUCAUGCAGCGAAGAUGACCAAAUUGUAAUAUACGAUUGCGAAAAGGGAACACAAUCUCGCACGGUUAAUUCGAAAAAGUAUGGCGUUGAUUUGAUACACUUCACACAUGCCAACAACACGGCCAUACACAGCUCAACCAAAGUCGACGACACCAUCAGAUAUUUGAGUCUGCAUGACAAUAAAUAUUUGCGCUAUUUUCCGGGACACACUAAGAAAGUGAUUUCCCUGUGCAUUUCACCGGUGGAGGACACAUUUCUAUCUGGCUCGUUGGACAAAACGCUGCGUCUGUGGGAUUUACGUUCACCGAAUUGCCAGGGGUUAAUGCAUCUGUCUGGUCGCCCCAUUGCCGCCUAUGAUCCCGAGGGUUUAAUCUUUGCAGCUGGCGUCAAUUCGGAGAGCAUUAAACUUUAUGAUCUGCGUUCAUUUGACAAGGGACCAUUUGUCACAUUCAAGCUGAAUCAGGAGAAGGAAUGCGAUUGGACAGGCCUGAAAUUCUCGCGUGACGGCAAAACCAUAUUGAUUAGCACAAAUGGUUCGGUUAUACGACUGGUGGAUGCCUUUCAUGGCACACCGUUGCAAACAUUCACCGGCUAUCCGAAUAACAAGGGCAUUGCCAUUGAGGCCAGCUUCAGUCCGGACUCGCAGUUCAUCUUCUCGGGCAGCACCGAUGGACGUGUGCAUAUCUGGAAUGCCGACACAGGCAACAAGGUCUCUGUGCUAAAUGGCGAUCAUCCCGGACCCGUGCAGUGUGUGCAAUUCAAUCCCAAGUACAUGAUGCUAGCUUCGGCAUGUACAAACAUGGCCUUCUGGCUACCCACCUCCGAGGAUGGUCUAUAACGUCGCUAGUUAAGCUUAUUUUGUAUAUUUAAGUUAAUAUGUAAUUAAAACUAACAAUCAACUACAAA